CACAUGACUGACGUAAGUGUUUAAUAAUAAUGUUAGGCUGGCAGCAUGUUGUUUAGAAGAUGUCUGCUAGUUGUUCAUCGGAGUCAUCUGAUACAAAAUUGGAAAAUUCUCCUGAACUUUUGAACAAUAUCGACAGUCGAUACGCUCUUUACCUAUUUAGCAACAACAAGCAUGCAAGUAAUACAGAGCUCAAACCUAGUAGCAAUGAAAGUGUAGCGUUUUCAAAACAUGAAUCAAAAGCGGAUUCAGAGACACCAGCUAUCUGCUUAUCCUUGCUGCAAGGCAAUCUUAAUGCAGAGCAAGAAACAGUAGUUCGUUGCUAUCUUUUGAAAACUUUAUCAGGGAGAGAAGAUUUGAGAUUUGAAAAUGAAGGAAAAUAUGCCACAUUGCAAUUCAGUGAUGAUUCCAGUGUAACAUUUGGAUGUUACUAUCACAGAUUGUCAAAACAUUCCUCUAAUGAAACCUAUGAUGCUUCUAGUCAGAAUGAAACCUCAUCUAAACUUCAUACUUUUUUCAUAUGCCUCAUUGGUCCUUCCAAUGGAGUUAUGGAUUCAUUUUGCCCAGAACUGGGCAUAUAUUGUCAGAGCUUAAUUUCCUUACUUGACCAUGAGGGUCAAACAGAUCAAGAACAAGUGCAAGCAAAGCUUAAAAACUGGUACAUUUACUGUAUUGAAUAUAUUAGUCGCUGUGUUAAAAACUUCAAAGAUGAUUUAGCAAUAGUCCUUCAAACAUCACUUUGGGGAAAUGUAGAUAUCAAGUCUGACGAUGAAGAUCUCAAAUGGGAUUUAGAAAGGUUAGUACAGGUAUGUUCUUUGAUGCCUAAAAGUACAAAUAUGCUCAAGGACUUUUCUUGUUUAGACUUCUGUUUUAAAAUUGAAGUUAAUAAUGGCAAGAUUUUAAUGGACAAAACUGUAGAAAUUUUUCCUUAUUGCCUUCGUUGGUUAGAGAAAUUGAAAGCUUGUCUUCCUAAUGACCAUGUUCAUCUCCACAGUAUAUUAGAAGGCUUUAGACUCAGCGCCAUUCAAGAUAUAAAUACUCUGAAAAGGUUAUUGCAAAAAGCCAAAGCAGAUCACUAUUCUUUGUACAAAGCUUUUCAGUUUCUUCAAGCAAGUGGGUGUGAAGAUAUUUUGCUUUUCCAUGUCAAACAUGAAGCAAACGUAACUAAUGAUGAAGAAGCUCUCGAAAUUAUUUCAUGCCUUCAAGAAUGCCUCCGAAACAAAAAGGCGUCAUCUGUGUAAAGCUAAUAGAGUUAUAUUUUUUUAUAUUGUAAACAUUGUUCAUAUUUAGGCAUUUAAUUUAUUAUAUGAGUAAAAAAAAC